AUGGCCUUUUCCGGCAUUUUGAAACUCAAAUUCGGGCCCUUCUGGUUCAAGACCUCCAUCCUCCUGGUCAACUUGAUGCCUUACGGUAGCCGAAGUGCCUCAUACAUCCUCCGCGUGGAGCGUCCAAGCGUCUUCGGCGGCCGCAUCGAGCUACCAAUCGGUCACCACGGGUUUCCGAUUGAUCUCCUCCCGCGAUCUGCCAAAGACCGUCGCAAACUUCAGUUCCGCAUUCGCUACGGCGCGAAAGGCAAGAAGCUCCGCUUUCUCGCACCAACCGCCGAAGUGUAUGCCCACUGGAUCACUGUCCUCCGUGAGGCCUUUGAAGGCAAUGUUAAAGUUGCCAAGCGAGCUCGCAACCAGACAGUCAGUGACACGAAUGAGACCAGCGUCGGUGUCUCCGGGUGUGGCGACUGCACCAGCACCAGCUCCGACGUCCAGAAGACAUUCGUCAAUGGAAACGAAUCCCUCAGCGGACUACGAACGUCGGAGCACCUGGACACGUCGACCUCUAGUUACCAUUCGUACUACCAGCAUGACAACAUCGUCACCGGUGUCUACGCUGGCAGCAACGACAACUUCGAAGAGGGAUCCGCAGCCAGUGCCAUGAUGUCCAUUGCCACAAGUGGAGGAUCAGCGUCAAGUGUGACGAAUGAAGUCUAUGACGCCAACAGCGACGAUUACGAUAAUGAUGAAAGCUCGGAAGAGCUAGAUUCACCUUUAAGUGGUCCGACACCAACCGAUGAGAAGGUUAGCGCAGGCCAGCAUAAUGUGUUCUGCAUGGCCGUUGACCACGACGGCGCAGCGACCUUCUCAGUUUACGCGCCGCCACAGAAAGCACGUAAUGGCCACCCUUGUCGCAGUGAGAGACUGUUCCAGCUCUCAUUCGUGCAGUGGGCCGGGUGGGUGGCUCUCGAUUUACGAGAUGGCCAAUGUCUGCCAGAAGUGUUCCGCCUUACCAACCGUACCUGCAAGCGUCUGCAGUUAGUAACCAAUAAGAAAGCGGCCGCUGGAGCUACUCGACAACCAACCGUUCAUGCUGCUGCUCUGAGCUGA